CGGGCGGGCGGUGCAGCUCCCCCAGGGUCGCCUCAGCCGCUCCCGCCGCGCCCGGGCCGCGCUCGCUCCUUCCCUCCCUCCUUCCUUCCUUCCCUCCUCUCCUUCCUGCCGUCCGCCCCGCCGCCGCCGACAUGUCCCGCUACCUGCGGCCCCCCAACACCUCGCUCUUCGUGCGAAACGUGGCCGACGACACCCGGUCCGAAGACUUGCGCCGGGAGUUUGGUCGUUACGGGCCCAUUGUUGAUGUUUACGUUCCCCUUGACUUCUACACUCGCCGUCCCCGAGGAUUUGCCUAUGUUCAAUUUGAAGAUGUCCGUGAUGCAGAGGAUGCUCUCCAUAACUUGGAUCGCAAGUGGAUUUGUGGGCGGCAAAUAGAAAUCCAGUUUGCACAGGGAGACCGCAAGACACCAAACCAAAUGAAAGCCAAGGAAGGGAGAAACCUGUACAGUUCUUCUCGUUACGAUGACUAUGACAGAUACAGGCGGUCUCGGAGUCGCAGCUACGAGCGCAGGCGGUCGAGGAGUCGCUCCUUUGAUUACAGCUAUAGAAGAUCCUAUAGUCCCAGAAACAGUAGACCUACUGGAAGACCUCGUCGUAGCAGAAGCCAUUCGGACAAUGAUAGGUUCAAACACCGCAAUCGAUCUUUUUCAAGAUCUAAGUCCAAUUCAAGAUCACGAUCCAAGUCACAGCCCAAGAAAGAAAUGAAGGCUAAAUCACGGUCUAGGUCUGCAUCUCACACCAAAUCUAGAGGCACCUCUAAAACAGAUUCUAAAACACACUAUAAGUCCAGCUCAAGAUAUGAGAAGGAGUCGAGAAAAAAAGAACCAGCUAGAUCCAAAUCACAGUCAAGAUCACAUUCUAGAUCUAGGUCAAAAUCCAGAUCGAGGUCUUGGACUAGUCCCAAGUCCAGUGGCCACUAACAGUGUAUCCAUGUUGGUUUAGGCAUGUAAGAUUCAUUUACACACAGUUCAGUUUACUUAAAUUAUCAGGAAUAUGAUGUUGCAACAGUGCUAAAAAAUAUUUUCUUUGUCAGUUUUCCCUGUAGCCGACAACGGUUGAAAUUAAAACAGUGUUGAGAAGCCACAGAGAGAGAGAGGGAGAGAGAUUGUCCAUUUGGUUAAAUGUCAUGGGCAGCUACUGAUUUGGUUGUGGUGUCUCUAUGUAUAUUUUUGUAAAGAUUUGCAUUUUUAAUGCUUAGAUAUUUGGUGAUGACUUGAUUGAUCGUAACUUGCAACAUUGUCCUUUUACAAAUGUCACACCCAUAGAGAAAUUGGUACCAGUUUGUGCUGGGCAGUUAAACCAGCUGUUUGACUGGUUCUUCAACUCUAUAAACUUUGUGAGGAAAAGGAAAACUGGACAGCUGUAGUGCAACACUGGCUGCUGGGAGAUCAGCCUGGCAGUUUGUUUCCAUGGCUCCAGGGCAGGUUUCGGUGUUCUCCGUGCCCACCAGCCCCAGCAGGUUGGCACAAGGAGCUCUGUGGAGGGAGAUUUGGGAGAUUUCUCUUUAGCCUGCUGUCUGGAGAGAUGGUACUGACCUUGCAUGUACGACGUGGGCAGAGAGCUGCUCUGGGAGCUCACUCAGAGCCUCGGGAUAGAGGAGAGGCUUCACUGCCUCUGCCCUGGCUGCUGGUGCUGAAAGUGAGGGAAAAACCCACCUUGAAAUGGAAAAUCUAAAUUCACAUUUCAGCAAACGGCAGAGCAGCUAAAUAUUAGGUUGUGUGUACAUUUUAUGCAGUUUUUUGUAUCUAUUCUCAGUUUUAGUGAGCAGUUAACCAUAAAGUUGCUUAGUUUUCCUGCUGUUAGAUACAAGUAGAUCGUUUCGAGUUGUGUGUGUACAGUAUAUAAGAACUAAACUUUUAUGCCAAUGACUCCUGUGGUUAGUUGGUGUAUUCAUAGGUAUCAAACUGUAGCCAUCUCCCUGGGUUACCAGGCUUGCUUGCUUUUUACACAGCAAAAAAGCAGUUGGUCAAGCAAGCCUGAAUCACUCCUUCCUCAGAAUGGAUAGUGGUUUGGUUAAAAGAUUUCGUUUUCCUUCAGAACAAAUGUUUGAAGUUGGAUAUGAACAAGAGCUGCAUCUCUAGUUAUGUAGUUUAUCACUAAUACAGUAUAUUUAGAAAAUUGAACGUGAAAAAUAACAAACCCAGUGUGUACUCUUACCAGUAUUUCUCUAGAAGGCAAGGUCCUUUGUUAUGGAAAUGGCUUUUGGCAUUGUUUUUUUUUCCUCUUUGCCUUCAAAAGCCACCAUCAAACACUUAAGUGUUCCUCGCUGUCUGAUGUCUGUAGCAUAUAAAGACAUUGAUUUCCAAAAGUUCCUUUUCAGAGAAAUGUUUUAGGGUUUGGGUUUAGUGUUUCAGCAGGGCCUUUCCAGAAGCGCAGGUGGCUUUGGGAUCUCGUCAGCGGAACGUGCUUAGGGGUUGAUCCUAGAACCUUUGUACAUUUAAUAGUAUUUCUAACUUUUUCUUUACUGUUUGCAGUUAAUGUUCAUGUUCUGCUAUGCAAUCAUUUAUAUGCACGUUCCUUUAAUUUUGUAGACUUUCCUGGAUGUAUAGUUUAAAAACAGCAAAAAGUCUAUUUAAAACUGUAGCAGUAGUGUGCAGCUCUAGCAGAGGAAAGUUGUGGGAUUAAACUUUGUAUUUCCUUUCUUAUAGAGGCUUCUAAAAAGGUAUUUUUAUAUGUUCUUUUUAACAAAUAUUGUGUACUACCUUUAAAACAUCGAUGUUUUGAUCAAAAUAACAAAAGACCCAGCUUAUUUUCUGCUUGCUGUAAAUUUAGCAAACAUGCUGUAAUAAAAAAAUGAAGGAAA